CAGGCGGUGGCUACGCUUCCCUGUAUUCAGAAAGGGCCUGUGCACACUCCUAGCCGGGGCUGGCUAAAAGGGGCGUAGCCGCCGCCAUGGCCGGUUGUUGUCAGUCGCUGGCAGCGGGUUAUGGCGACGGCGGUGAAUGAAUUCUCCGGGCGGCAGAGGGAAGAAGAAGGGCUCAGCCGGCUCCAGCUCCCCGCCCCAGGCGCCCGGAGCCUUCCCCUCCUCCCCGGCCGGGCCGGCUCCCCCCCUGCAGCAACAGCAGGCGGCGGCGGGGGCGGCCGCGGCGUCUCCCCAUAAGCGGAACCUCUAUUACUUCUCCUACCCGCUCUUCGCCGCCUUCGCGCUGCUCCGCUUCGUCGCCUUCCAGCUCGGGCUGCUCUUCGCCUGGCUCUGCGAGCGCCUCUCCCGGGGCGCCCUCAUGGCCGCCAAGGGCAGGGCCGGGGCCGGCGACGCGCCCGAGCCCGGCGGGGCGCCCGAGACGGUGCGAGCCUGUCACAAGCGAGCCUUCGAGUGCAUCUCCGUGGCGCUGCGCAUCGAUGAGGAGGAGAGAGCAGGACAAAAGGAACAAGCUGUUGAAUGGUAUAAGAAAGGAAUUGAAGAACUGGAGAAAGGAAUAGCUGUCUUAGUUAUUGGUCAAGGUGAUCAGUGUGAACGAGCUCGACGUCUGCAGUCUAAAAUGACGACGAAUUUGGCUAUGGCAAAGGAUCGUUUGCAGCUUCUAGAGAAGCUGCAGGCAGUUUUGCAAAUUCCCAAGCCGCAAAUGGAGGUCUAUAAUGACAGUACUAACCUGGCAUGCCGCAAUGGACAUCUCCAGUCAGAAUGUGGAGCUGUUCCAAAAAAGAAGGAUCCAUUAAUGCACACGAGUAACUCCCUUCCUCGUUCAAAGACUGUUGCAGUUGCAAAAACUGGAUCUACAGGCCUUUCUGGUCCUCAUAGAACCCCUAGUUAUAGUGGGAUAUCAACUUUCUCUGUAUCUAGACAGGGAGUCAAUCCUGCAGCUUCGACACACAAGGCUACUUCAAAGAAUAGCCGAACAAACAAGCCUUCUACUCCUACAACUGCUGCUCGAAAAAAGAAAGACCUGAAGAUAUUUAGAAAUGUUGAUAGUAAUCUUGCUAAUCUAAUUCUGAAUGAAAUUGUUGACAAUGGACCAGCUGUCAAAUUUGACGACAUAGCUGGGCAAGAGCUGGCUAAACAAGCACUGCAAGAAAUUGUUAUCCUUCCCUCCCUUAGACCUGAGUUAUUUACAGGACUUAGAGCUCCUCCACGUGGAUUGCUGCUGUUUGGACCACCAGGAAAUGGGAAGACUAUGUUGGCCAAAGCAGUUGCUGCAGAAUCGAAUGCAACCUUCUUUAACAUAAGUGCUGCAAGCCUAACUUCAAAAUAUGUAGGUGAAGGGGAGAAACUAGUGCGUGCUCUUUUUGCAGUAGCCAGAGAACUUCAGCCGUCUAUAAUUUUUAUAGAUGAAGUUGAUAGCCUUUUAUGCGAAAGAAGAGAAGGUGAACAUGAUGCUAGUAGGCGUCUAAAAACAGAAUUUUUAAUAGAAUUUGAUGGCGUACAGUCUUCCGGAGAGGACAGAAUACUUGUAAUGGGGGCAACUAACAGGCCACAGGAGCUGGAUGAUGCUGUUCUCAGACGAUUCACCAAACGGGUGUAUGUAUCUUUACCAAAUGAAGAGACGAGAUUGAUUUUACUAAAAAAUCUUUUAAGCAAGCAAGGAAGUCCAUUGACCCAAAAAGAGCUGGCACAACUAGCCAGAUCUGCUGUUGAAACAUGCUGAUCAGCACUGUGCCUGGGGCAGGGAGACAUGAAACAAAGGCAAGCUCCUUCCCACCCAACCUCUAAGCAAGCCCAAUCUUUCCAAGCUGACUAAAGAGAUCACCUAUUCUACAUUUUGUGUGCAUUUCAGGUUGAAAACAAAUCUCGUUGGUUUUUGUUUUGCUUUUUCCUGACUUUGUGCAUUUUUGGAGUUGGCAAUUCUGAAAUUUUAAGCAUGGAAUAGCAAGGAUUCCAUAAGUGUAAAGCCUUUCCAAUAUUUUUGCUGUUUGGUAUUUUUAAUGCAAAAUUUAAAAUCUUAAGUACUUGAGCUUUCCAUUGUGAAAAUUCUUAUGGAUCACACAAUACUACUAUGUGCUCAUCCUCUAGAUGUUAGGUACCCCAUUAUGAAUGCUAUUUAGGAGGUAAAGAAGGGAGAGGGAAAUAAGAAAUGUUCCUCUCUCCUGUCACACUUUUGAAAUACUAAAGAAUCUACUUGGUAGAUCAUGGAGGAGGAAAACUGAGUGAGGUGUCAUUUAUUUUUGUGUGUGUUUGAGGGGUGCAUGCACAUGUGUUCAGCGGGGCUAGUAUGCAUCAGCCAUUUUGAAUCUGCAAUAUCACAUACAUUUGCAGCACAAUAAAGUUGCAUUUAUUGUCAUCUUAAUUCACACUUGCAGAAAACUCUUCAGCCAUGUCAGAUGCACUAAUAUCUAACUGAAAUAAAAAAUGGGGUUUGCGAGUUAAGUGCUGUGACUGUUGAUUCGAUGCGCAAACAUACAAACAUCACUAAGCACAACUUUUGAAAAAUUAUUUGUGCUACCCCUUCCCUACUAUAGACUUUGUUCACUUGACUGACUUGCCACAUUUCCUUGGUUGGCAAGAGACUGGGAUUUAUUCUUAAUUCUACUGAAUCCUCUUUCUCCCACAAACAACAGAAAAGUAAUUGAGUGCAGGGCCUCCAGAAAAUUUGAUGAACUAGCUCCUUUAAUGGGCCAUUUUUGUGCCUCUUGACAAUUUCUAAUGGCUGCUUUUGAAAGGUGGGGGGUACAGCGGAAUUUUUUCUUUUUUUGCUAUUCUUUACUGUUCCUUUUCAGUAUAUAAUGUGGGUUUUUUGUUUUUUUUUUCUCCUUGGUUUUUCACAUUGGAAAUGCCAGUACUGGUUUCCCUCUCUUUGAUUGAUUGACUUCAGCAAAUCUUUUGAAGCACCCGAAUGGUUAAUUUGGAGAAUGAGGCUAAAGCCUGAAGUACAGCUCUUCCAGCCCUGACUGGAGAUUGAAGGGGAUGUUGACUUCAACCUUCUUAGGAGGGGGAAAAACUUUGUGCCCCAGAGGGAGUGAUAGUUCAGUGGUUUGAGCAUUGGCCUGCUAAACCCAGGGUUGUGAGUUCAGUCCUUGAGGGGGCCAUUUAGGGAACUGGGGUAAAAAUCUGUCUGGGAAUUGGUCCUGCCUUGAGCUUGGGGUUGGACUAGAUGACCUGCUGAGGUCCCUUCCAACCCUAUAAUUCUAUGAUCUUUAUAUUUCUUAAAUGAGCAGUAAAGGACACGAUUUCUCUUGCUUUGCAAUUCACUUCUAAAGUAUUUAGACAUGUGAUACAUAAUAGGAAUAGAGGGCUCAGCACUACAGUGGCUCAGUUGUUCCUCUCCAGCAGAACUUGGAGUGGUGAUUGGGUAAUUGCAUAUCCUCUCCAAAGGCCCCCAUGUGCAGGAUCACAGAGGUAUCCAUAUUCUCCCUCCUUCUCUCCAGCAUCUAUAUAAGACCACUGGGAGAGACUGAGUUGCCAUGACCUCAGCUGCCAACAAUAUUCCAAUUACACUCAUCUAGAUACCCCUUUUUCAAUUGAUGCACCCUCUAAAAUGUCAGAACACCGACAAGAAAUCUGCUUUUGAAUGAAGAGCAGUUGGCUCAAGCUGAACUCAGAUAAGACCAAAAGGAUCCUGGUCAAAAAGGGAAAAAGCUUUUGAAGAGUUAUCCUAAACAUUGUUUCCAUCGUGCUUUUGAAGCCACAAGACCUCCAGUCAUCACAGUGGUGCAAAGCCUCAAGUUUGUUUGCCUGACUAAGCUUGGAUGACCUAGGUGGCAUUGCUACCUUUUUUCAUCUCCAUCUUAUUAGGAAAAAUGCUGCUUUCUCCCAGAAAAGGACCAGCCCAUAGUAAUCCAUGCAUUUGUCACCUCCAGGCUGAUUAUAGUAACUCAUUAUGAAGCUGACUAUGAAGACAAUCCGCAGGCUCCAGCUGGUUCAGAAUAGGACUGCCCAUCUUCUUUGUGGCUUAGGCUGCUGUGAGCACAUGAAGACUUCACCGAAGUUCCUCCAUUGUUUCCUAGUUAGCUUGUGAAACCAGUUUAAGGCUUUGGUCCUCAUUUUCAUAGCAGUUAAUGGAUCAGUGUCGAGCUUUAUUAUAGACUAAAUUUCAAUCCAUAAACCACAGUGACAGCUGCAGUUCUGGCACAGUUCAGAUUACAAAGCCUGUAAAAGUGUUGGGAUAAAGCAUUAUUGGUGUAAAGGAUCCAGCUGUGGAACAAACUUCCAGAGGGGAUCAGGCAACCCCAGAGUAUGAUUGUUUUUAGGAAAUGCUGCAAAACCUUCCUCUUGGAAAAAGCCGCCUCACCUUAAGAAUGAAGCACUCCAUGCUGACACCUCUUUCUACACAUGACACCCCUACCAACUAAAAAAGGAAAUUAAUAAAAAUAAAACAACAAAAGCAAAAACCCUACCCACUGCUUUUUCUCCCCAAAAGGAAGAAUGUCAGACGCGCCAUGAAGUCUACUAGAAGGCAUUCAGAUACUACCAUAAUGGGCAGCAGUAUAAAACAAUAAGAUAGGCAGAUAGUAUUUGGUGGUGAUAUUUGAAAAUAUGAUUUUUCCAUAGUAUACACUUUUUCACUCAUUAUCUGGCUGCAGUAUCAACAAAAGUUUGUAAGUUUUAAGGAAAAACUUCUUGCAAUGUGUGAAGUGUACCAACAACAUGCCACAAAAUAGGAACUCUGCAUAUUUAAAAAAAUGCCAAGAUUAUUUUCAGUCCUCACCAUGUUUUUCAAGUUUAGUCUUGGUGAGAUUCCUGCAGUAGUCCCUAAAAUACAGUGGACCCUCAGUUAUGAACACCUCUGGAAUAGAGAUUGUUCAUAUCUCUGAAAUGUUUGUAACUCUGAACAAUGUGUUAGGGUGGUUCUUUCAAAAGUUUUACAACUCAACAUUGACUUAAUACAGCUUUGAAACUUUACUAUGCAGAAGAAAAAUGUUGCUUUAAACAAUUUUAAUUUAAAUGAAACCAGCACAGAAACUGUUUAGUUGCCUUGUCAAAUCUUUUUUUAAACUUCCCCUUAAUUUUUGUAGUAAUUUACAUUUAACACAGUACUGUAUUUGCAUGUCUUAUUUUGUUUUUUGUGUGUGUGUGUCUGCUGCUGCCUGAUUGCAUACUUCCAGUUCCAAAUGAGGUGUGUAGUUGACCAGUCAGUUUGUAACUCUGGUAUUCGUAACUCCUGAGGUUCUACUGUAGACUGAAUCACCAAAGAAACUGGUCAUGGGCUGGAAGCACAGCAUGAAGUAUUUAUCAUUAGAAUUUAGUCAUUGUGAUAUGAAGAAGCUGCAACAGCUGUAUUUGGACAGUCCUCGGCAAGUAUUUGAGAGUAAAAAGUGCUGACAAUCUAGUGGGUUGUUUAAAGAAAAGUGUGUGUGUGUGUGUGUGUGUGUGUGUGUUAAAAUGGCAUUCAGCAAUAGAUCCCAGUUCCUAGACUUCGAUUGCCAAAAUGCUACUUACAUUUAAUACUGAUAUUGAACUUUAAUGGAUGUGUUUUUUCAGUUGAGAAAUGUGUUUGAAGUAACAUUUAUAUAAUUUACUAAUUAUGCU